AUGGAGGACCCUUGGGCCGAUACAGCCAGCCCGAACAGCUCGGCGCCGCUCUCACAGCAUGUCGAAGACAGCUCCUCUGCACCCGCUGCCGCUGCAGAAACGCCUAGCAAUACGGCUACCACAACCGCCCCCUCUAUUUCCACAUCCUCUCGCCCCUCCCGUGCGACCCCGCGUCGUAUUGUCGCCAAACCCAAGAGUCUUGAAGCCGUGGAAGAUGACCCCCUUGGCCCCCUCGGCGCCCCUACUCCGUCCUCCGAUAGCGACAAUAAUGGUUUAGGUGGCGCGACUGCAAGAGGCGUACAGCCUCCUGUACCGCCUCUCAAGGAGCAGCUGCCCCUGCGAACGACUCUGCCACCAUCGACCACCAAUCGCGGCGGCAGAGGCCGUCGGAGUGGACCGCCAGAUCCGCACCAUAUCGAUGAUGACGACGAUGAUGCUGCAUUGUUCGGCUCCGCCGGUCGUGGCAGGCCUCCGCCGCCAGUUCCUGCGUCGCUGCCCAGCCCGGUGAAGUCAAGCACGGCACCCAGCAUGAGCGUCGAGCAGGCUGCGAGGCCGACAUUUCACAUCACAGUGGGCGAUCCGCAUAAGGUUGGAGAUCUGGCGACAAGUCAUAUUGUGUACUCUGUGAGGACGAAGACGACAUCCAAAGCUUACAAACAGCCCGAGUUCGAAGUCAAGAGGCGCUACCGCGACUUCCUGUGGCUGUAUAACACGCUUCACUCCAAUAACCCCGGUGUUGUGGUUCCCCCGCCUCCUGAAAAGCAGGCUGUUGGCAGAUUUGAAAGCAACUUUGUCGAAUCACGCCGUGCUGCGCUUGAAAAGAUGCUCAACAAGAUCGCCGCUCACCCAACCCUGCAGCUGGAUGCAGAUCUGAAGCUGUUCCUUGAGAGCGAGUCCUUCAACAUCGACGUCAAGCACAAGGAGAGAAAAGAGCCACCCCUAGGGGAGAGUAAGGGCGUGUUUGGGUCACUUGGGUUCGGUGGCGGUGGGAACAAAUUUGUCGAGCAGGAUGAUUGGUUCCACGAUCGCCGGGUGUACCUCGAUGCCUUAGAAAAUCAGCUGAAGGCACUGCUCAAAGCUAUGGAUAACAUGGUUGCGCAACGCAAGGCCAUGGCCGAGGCUGCCGCAGACUUUUCAGCUUCGCUUCACGCCUUGUCCACAGUGGAGUUGUCCCCAACACUUUCUGGCCCGCUGGACGCGCUGUCAGAGUUACAGCUCGCGAUUCGUGAUGUCUACGAACGACAGGCUCAGCAAGAUGUCUUGACAUUUGGCAUUAUCAUUGAGGAAUACAUCCGGUUAAUCGGUAGUGUCAAACAAGCCUUCUCGCAGCGCCAGAAGGCUUUUCACAGCUGGCACAGCGCCGAGUCCGAGUUGAUGAAGAAAAAGGCCGCCCAGGAUAAGUUGCUCCGGCAAGGAAAGACACAGCAGGACCGUCUUAACCAGGUCAACGCUGAGGUCAUUGACGCUGAGCGCAAGGUGCAUCAAGCUCGUCUGCUUUUUGAAGAUAUGGGCCGCUUGCUGAGGUCUGAGCUCGAUCGCUUCGAGAGAGAGAAGGUCGAAGACUUCAAGUCAGGAGUGGAGACGUUUUUAGAGAGUGCCGUUGAGGCACAAAAAGAGUUGAUCGAAAAAUGGGAGACGUUCCUGAUGCAGUUAGAUGCCGAGGAUGAUGAAAGCGUUUUCUAUCGGCCGCCGCCUGUCCAGACCAAAAAGCCGGCCGGGGAUACGGCGGUAGACAGGGCCCGGGCAAGAAUUGAUGAAGAUUCAGACUAG